GUCGACAGUUUUUAUAAGACAUGCAUGCAGGGCAAAACGGCGACUUUUCGACUCAUCCCAUCUCCACAAGCACUUCUUUCGUCUUCUUUUCUUGCAGACUUGCAGAAGCAUCGGCAAGCAGAAUCCUCCGAAAGCCAGCCAUGCGCCAUGCCUCCAUCUUCUCAACUAUGAUGUACGACUAGCUAAAAGUACCCCACACUUCGGAACACAGGGGAAAAAAUAAAAAUUCCAUGCACCGCGAAAAGCCGCUCUUCGCCUCCAACCCCUCCAACACCCCCGACACGAUGGCACAACCACCGCACAACACCGACUACAGCCAACAGCAGCCGUGACUGCUACCGCCGACUCACUGCGACUUCCCGAAGACUGUCCCUACGGUCCCUGAUAAGCUCAACCUUUAGCCCAGGGUAACAAUGGCGGCAGCAGAGACCCCGCGGAUCCUCCUGGUCGACGCUUACGACUCUUUCACCCAUAACCUUGCGGCACAGCUCUCGCGCUACACCGCCGCCGAAGUCCACACAAUCCACAUCGACUCUCCGUUCGCUUCGAUCGAGGGGCUACUGCCGUACCUUCCGUGCUUCGACGCGGUCGUCAUCGGUCCCGGUCCUGGCUCUCCGGACAACGACAAAGAUGUCGGCAUCAUAAAGGAUAUCUGGCAUCUGGGCAGCUCCCAUAUGCUACCGGUAUUUGGUGUAUGCCUAGGAUUGCAGAGCCUAUGCCUUGCGUUUGGUGGCAAUGUCGAGAGGCUGCGCACGGUUAAACAUGGAUUGUCGUCUACGAUCCGGCACGGCGGGGUGGACCUCUUUGAAGGUCUCGGGAACAUGAGUGCGGUCAGGUACCACUCACUACAUGCGACACUUGGAGAGGGAGGCAAAGACGACCUGGAAGCCCUGGCAUGGGCGGAUGAUGCGGAGAAUGGCGAGGUCCUCAUGGCGGUGAAGCACAGGACGAAGCCAUUCCGGGCGGUCCAAUACCAUCCGGAAUCUAUAUGCACGGAAGGGAGCGAUAGGGUGGUGGAGAAUUUCUGGCGGUCGGCCUGCAGGUGGAAUAUGGACCAUGGACGAAGGACUACGGGACUCCCAGGAAGCUGGAGGGUCCGCCCACGUGAAGCGAGUUUGCUGGACCAACUGCGGCACGCUGGAGAGCUUCCUGAAGCACGCGCCGUGAAUACGGUCCAGACGACCAGUCUGUUUGCUCGAGGCCUCGAUGUUCGAAGGAUCUGCGAAAUGCUCGACGUGGAAUCGAAACGGGAGUUCGUCCUCUUAGAAUCCGCCGCGACUCCGGGCCGAUGGAGCAUAAUCGGAAUUUUAACACCUGGUAUCACUCAGCUUAUCCGAUAUACAGCCGGUGACUCAUAUAUUGAGUUGUCAAAAGUUGGGGAUGAAAAGACCUCGCGCGUUGGGCUACAGCCCCCGUGUAAUGCGUCGGUGUGGCGGUUCCUAGCUUCCUAUAUGGAACGGCGCAAGGCCAGUGGUGGCAAGAAGGAAUCCCCAUUCUGGGGCGGAUUGGUCGGAUACUUCUCCUACGAACUGGGUGUGGAGUCGCUUUCGAUACCACUCCCUCACAACCGAAAAAGGCGACCAGAUGUGAACCUCGCCUUCGCGGAGCGCAGCAUAGUCAUCGACAGUCUGACUGGCCGAAUCUAUGUGCAAUCCUUGAUCCCUCACGACGGCGAAUGGCUGGAGUCGAUGAAGCUGCAGUUGCAGCAAGAACACGACCUCUCACUUACGCCGUCGGCCACCCCUCCGCCCGCCGGAAUCGCCGCGCCAUCUUCUAUCCAGAUGCAUUACAAAGAGGCCUGCGAGCCGACUAUCGUCAAGCCCUCGGGGGAGCUCUACAAAUCCCUCGUGCGCGAAUGCCAAAGCUACCUCGCAAGCGGCAAUUCCUACGAGCUCUGCCUAACCGCGCGCACACGGGUUAACCUCCCCUCCCCCCAGCCCCCAGUCUGGAGUCUGUACGGGCUCCUCCGCGCGCGAAACCCCGCCCCCUACGCCGCCUACCUCCGGCUGCAAGGCGUAACUUUGCUCUCCUCUUCGCCCGAGCGCUUCCUCUCCUUCUCGCGCACGGGCGCAGUGCAGCUGCGGCCGAUCAAGGGCACGGUCAGAAAGACAGCGGGCAUGACGCGGCAGCGGGCGGAGCAGCUGCUUAACACGCCCAAAGAGCGCGCCGAGAACCUGAUGAUCCUCGACCUGAUCCGGCACGACCUGCACCGGAUCCUGGGCGCCGGGAACGUUACCGUGCCGCUGCUCAUGAGCGUCGAGGAGUACGCCAGCGUGUUCCAGCUGGUCUCGGUGAUCGAGGGGGCAAUCCCCUCCCCCUCCGCCUCCCCCACCUCCUCCAGCCUGACAGGCCUGGAUAUCCUCGCCUCCUCGCUCCCGCCGGGCUCGAUGACCGGUGCGCCGAAGAAGCGCAGCGUGGAGAUCCUGCAGGCCCUCGAGGCCACCGACGAGGAGCGCGGCGUCUACUCCGGCGUGCUAGGGUACCUGAGUGUGUGCGGCGCCGGCGACUGGAACGUCAUCAUCCGCAGCGCGUAUCGGUACGACGACGAGGGCGACGCGGGGCAGUGGUGGCUUGGGGCUGGCGGCGCGGUGACGGCGCUCAGCACGCCUGACGGCGAGUGGGAGGAGAUGGAGACCAAGCUCGAGAGCACGUUGAGGGCGUUUUGUGGGUAGGUGCGAUGUGGGAUGUGGGUACCUAGACGGGACAGCGCUUGCUUUGCUUCGUUUCAACAGAAGGUUUGAUGGGCGUUUGUUUUAUAUGUUGGUUAUUGGUUAUCUGGUUUUUUUUGGACGGGACUGGACUGGACGGGACGGAGUAUAUUUUGGGGUUAUGUUAUGGCUCGCGUUUUUCAACAGGCGGUCACGACGGGGUUUGGGGGUGUAGCUAUAAUCAGAUAUUGGCUAGAUAUAUGUAUACCAAAAGGUUUGGUGAAUUUCACGGGUUCGGGAU